CAAAUAGGAACUACUAUAAGUCCUGACGGUACCAAUCCUCAUAAUUCAUCUCGGCCUCUCUCAAAUCUACAACUACUCCUCCCCCGUUCUGCCGUUCACAGCUGUCUGAUUGCGGAUAUUGAUGGCUGCAGCCGUCUCCACCAUUGGAGCUGUCAACCGAGCACCGCUGAGCUUGAAUAGCACUGGUGCUGGAGCUUCAGUUCCAAGCUCAGCCUUCUUAGGCAGCAGCUUGAAGAAGGUGACCUCUAGAUUCAACAACUCCAGGGUUUCCAUUGGGAGCUUCAAGGUUGUGGCAGAGGUUGAAGAGGACAAACAGACCGCCAAGGACAAAUGGAAAGGCCUUGCUUUCGACACAUCCGAUGACCAGCAAGACAUUACCAGAGGAAAGGGUAUGGUUGACUCGCUCUUCCAGGCUCCCACGGGAUCUGGAACUCACUAUGCCGUCAUGAGUUCUUACGACUACAUCAGUACCGGACUUCGCCAGUACAACUUGGACAACAACAUGGAUGGUUUUUACAUUGCACCUGCCUUCAUGGAUAAGCUUGUUGUUCACAUCACCAAGAACUUCAUGACCCUACCCAACAUCAAGAUUCCUCUCAUCCUGGGUAUUUGGGGAGGUAAAGGUCAAGGGAAAUCUUUCCAGUGUGAGCUUGUCUUUGCCAAGAUGGGAAUCAGCCCCAUCAUGAUGAGUGCUGGAGAACUGGAAAGUGGGAACGCAGGAGAGCCUGCAAAAUUGAUCAGGCAAAGGUACCGUGAGGCAGCCGAUAUAAUCAGGAAGGGAAAAAUGUGCUGCCUCUUCAUCAACGAUCUGGAUGCAGGAGCUGGUCGACUUGGUGGAACCACCCAAUACACAGUCAACAACCAAAUGGUUAAUGCAACUCUCAUGAACAUUGCUGAUAACCCAACAAAUGUCCAGCUCCCCGGUAUGUACAACAAGGAGGAGAAUCCACGCGUCCCCAUCAUAGUCACUGGAAACGACUUCUCAACACUUUAUGCUCCUCUCAUCCGUGAUGGUCGAAUGGAGAAGUUCUACUGGGCACCUACUCGGGAAGACCGCAUUGGUGUCUGCAAAGGAAUCUUCCGGAGUGACAACGUUGCCGAAGAUGACAUUGUCAAGGUUGUUGACACCUUCCCAGGCCAAUCAAUCGAUUUCUUUGGUGCCCUGAGGGCCAGAGUUUAUGAUGACGAAGUGAGGAAGUGGGUUUCUGGUGUUGGUGUGGAGGGCGUUGGGAAGAAACUUGUGAACUCAAAGGAAGGACCUCCAACUUUCGAGCAGCCCCAGAUGACCCUCGAGAAGCUCCUGGAGUACGGAAACAUGCUGGUCCAAGAGCAAGAGAAUGUGAAGAGAGUCCAGCUUGCCGACAAGUACUUGAGCGAGGCUGCUCUUGGAGAUGCCAACCAGGAUGCUAUCAAGAGAGGAACUUUCUAGGGUUAGCUCCUUGACCCUAGAGGCCGUGAUGGGAGGCAAAGCAGCCCAUGCAGCAAGUGAAGAUUCCUGUCCUUGAAGGUUGUACUGAUCUAAAUGCAGAGAACUUUGAUCCAACUUCUAUGAGUGAUGUUGGGAGGUGCACGUACAUUUUCUAAGCCUUGUCUAGGUUAAUUUUCGGAGAAACGCUUUUAAAGGAUUUUAGAUAGACAAUAUUAAUGUUGUUACCAUGUUUGAAUGGAUUGGAUUGGAUCCUGAUCUAA